AUGACCUCCGGGGAUCGCAGUCCCUCGCCGACCUGGCAGUUCUGGCCGCCGUAUCCAAAGGGUGGCCUGCAGAGCACGGCCCGCACGCCCUCCCCGCCUCCCGCUGCCCCGAAGAGCUCGAGCCCAUGUCCCGAAUGCAAGUCGAAGAAGAAAGCUGAAGAGGACAAUGGCUUCCCCGACGGAUGGAACGGAUACGGCUGGGAGGGCGACCACGUCGGUCGCCGUCCGAAGCCGCCACCCAAGGCUGAAUCUGAGCCUGAGGAGAAGCCCGAGGAGCCCGAAGAGCCUGAGGAGAAGAAAGAGGCGGGUAUCCCCGCUUGGGCUGCCGCCGAUGCUCCGAGCCCGUGGCCAGUCCCCGGCCCAUGGAUGCAACCCGUCGCUCCGCUCCAGAUGCCCAACCCCACCGGUUUCCCAGUCGCCUACGUCCAACCCCCUCAGUGGGCGACGCCGUCUUACCCUACGCCGUCUUCGUACGCGCCGCCCCAGACUCCAGCCACGCAAGCAUACCAGCAGCCGCCUGCCAACCCGUGGUCAGAGCCUUACCAGUGGAUGAGUGACCCGCGCUUCGCCAGCGUGCUUGCGGCCACGGGCCAGCAGGCUCCACCCCCGCCUCAGGCUAUGUCGCCUCCGCCUCCUGGCUUCAUGAUGGGCCUUCAUGGAAUGAUGCCGACCAUGCCGAUCCCAGCCCCUGCGCCGAGCUACCCGCCGCACUUCUUCCAGCCCCAGGGCGGCUGCAACAACCCGAUGUGCCCGGUUCACUCGCCCAUGGCCCAGUCGACACAGCCAACUCCGCCUUGGGCAGGCUUCGGUCCCCCCGCUGGACCAAGUGGGCCGGCAGUGCCACCUGAUAUGGCAGAGCGACUGCACCACUACUUCGUCCGACCCCCCGGCCCUCCGCCCAAGGCACCCACGCCUCCGCCAGCGCCUACGCGGACUCCGUCUCCGCCUCCCUGGAUCCCGCCCUGGGUCAAGGAUCCGAACUGGAUGUGGCCGAACCGCUUCAAACCGUCGCCGCCUGCCACGCCGCCUCCGCCGCCCACGCCCCCUCCGCCUCCUACUCCCUCUCCGCCGCCUCCUCCUCCGCCACCGCCCCCGCAAGCUCAUCCCGGACACGCCUGGCUCACGCCCCACCUUCAUGACAUGUGGAUGACCCUCCCGCCCGGCGGACGGCCGUCGCGCGCCCUCAUGGGCGUUAUGGCGGAGCAGGGGCAUGUCUUCCCUCAGGGCGGUGCGGUGCACUACGAGGGAUAUGGCGGACAGGCUGCGCUCGGGAACGGCGUGCAGUGGGUGUACGCUGGUCCUCCUGCUGCGCCGAUCGACUGGACCCCGUACAAUGUACCCAUGUUCCGUCCGUAG